UAACAAUGACUGGCAAAUGAUUCUCGCCCUUCAGAAAAACAGCUACCUCCUUGCUAUGGGAUGAUAAGAUCUCAACUCAUAGGUCGGAAAUAUACACCGCCGUAAAAUAAAGCAUUUCCUUUUGAAGUCGCUUUUAACAGCAUCUGUGCGAGAGAUUGGUCGUUGCACAAGAAGCAUGAGAUGAACACUGUCAUUUUAUUGUUUAUGGUACUGUAUGAGCAAUGAGAUACCGACAAAAUGCAACAUGUCAGCCUUUGGACAAUAUACAAACAUUAGUUGGAAUCAAAGAAACUCAGAAACCCCAGCAAGAAUGCAGAAAUCUUGAAGUUGCCACUGCUCCUAGGCAGCGAAGCUACGGUAUAUCAAGCUUAAACCUUGCUCCGAUCACUCGAGUGAGCAUGAUGAUGUCUCUUGGUCAGCUAUCUAAAGGGGCCAGCCUAGAUGACCUACUGGAGACCUGCAUUCAGUCUUUUGAUGCAGAAGGGAACCUGUGUCGAAGCAGUCACCUGUUACAGGUAACUCUGUCAAUGCACCGCUUCAAUGUAUCAUCAACAGAGCUGCUGCAGAAGCUCAUCACGCUAUAUCAGAACGCUUUAGAGCAAAACUGUGCUGCAGCUUGCCUGAAGAUCUGUUACUUUAUAAGGUACUGGAUUACCGAGUUCUGGAUUAUGUUUAAAAUGGACAAUAGUCUUUCAGAAACAAUGGAACAUUUUCAAGAGCUGGUGAAAAAGAAGGGUGAAGAGUCACAUUCCCAGUUUAUCGACACCUCACAAAUAAGUACACAUGAAUGGUCACGGAAAAUCACUCAGCGGAUAAAACCAAACUGUAGCAAAAAACGAAAAGUUUCCCUUCUCUUUGAUCACUUGGAGCCAGAAGAGCUGGCCGAACACCUAACCUACCUCGAGUUCAAGUCCUUCCGCCGGAUAUCAUUUUCAGAUUAUCAGAAUUAUGUAUUAACUGGCUGUGUAAAGGAUAAUCCCACAAUGGAACGCUCUGUCGCUUUGUGUAAUGGCAUCUCACAGUGGGUCCAACUUAUGGUUCUCAGUAGACCUACACCACAACUACGAGCUGAAGUCUUCAUCAAGUUUAUUCGUGUGGCUCAGAAACUCCAGCAGCUGCAGAACUUUAAUACACUAAUGGCCGUGGUUGGAGGUUUGUGUCACAGCUCAAUCUCCAGACUCAAAGAAACAAGCGCCUGCGUCCCUCAUGAAGUUAACAAGGUAAUGAAUGAAAUGACUGAGCUGCUUUCGUCCAGUGGAAACUACAACAGCUAUCGACGCGUCUAUGGUGAUUGCAUACACUUCAAGAUUCCUAUUCUGGGUGUCCACCUGAAAGAUCUUAUCUCACUACACGAAGCCUUGCCAGACUAUGUUGAAGAUAGCAAGAUUAACAUACACAAAUUGCAGAUUCUGUACAACCACAUCAAUGAGCUUGUCCAGCUUCAGAACACUGUACCACCUUUGGAAGCAAACAAGGACCUGGUGCAUUUGCUCACACUCUCACUGGACCUCUACUACUCAGAAGAUGAAAUUUAUGAGCUUUCAUAUGCACGUGAGCCACGAAACAAUAAAGCUCCACCAGCAACUCCUUGCAAGCCACCUGUUGUAGCAGACUGGGCCCCUGGAAUAUCCCCAAAGCCUGAUCCAAAGACUGUCAGCAAACAUGUUCAGCGGAUGGUUGAUUCUGUCUUUAAAAAUUAUGAUCACGAUCAGGAUGGCUAUAUCUCACAGGAGGAAUUUGAAAAGAUUGCUGCCAGUUUUCCUUUUUCCUUUUGCGUGAUGGACAAAGAUUGUGAAGGACUAAUAAGCAGAGAGGAAAUUACAGCAUAUUUCAUGAGGUCCAGUUCCAUCUUCUCAAAGUCAGUCCAAGGCUUUCUCCAUAAUUUCCAAGAGACAACAUAUCUGAAACCUACCUUCUGUGACAACUGUGCUGGAUUCAUCUGGGGUGUCAUAAAACAAGGAUACAGAUGCAGAGACUGUGGCAUGAACUGUCACAAACAGUGUCGAGACCUGGUGGUCCUGGAAUGCAAAAACAGACCCAAGACUACAGACUCCAGUCCAACAUCAAGCUCCACUCCCACUGCACUCUGUCCUGCUGGAACUAAAGGCUACAACAUUGGAAAUGAGGACGGACCAUUCACAUACUUUAAUGAGGAAGCGCAUAACCAUUCUGAACGCAAGGACCGCACUAUCGUACUAAUGGGCAGCUCAGCACAGAAAGUUUCAGUAAGACUGAAGCCUGUUGUAAUGCACAAAGCUUCACAGACAGACAUUUCUAGCUCAGACACAGAUACCACUGGAAAUCAAGCUGCUUCUCUGGGAAAAGUGAAGACAGACACCUCUCUGCUGUCCCCAAAUAUACUUCCACUAUGUCCAAGUCCUGUUCCAACUCGCAGAAGACCUUGUGUUAAAUGGGAAAAUAUGGCUUCCUUUCAUAAGCCUAAAGGAGAUGAUUUUACUAAGGACCAUCGAAUAUUUCAACUGGAAAAGGAAAGAAACCUGCUUCGAGAAGAGAAGGAGAAGCUGCACAUUGAAAACACAAAUCUGCAGACAAAGUUAUUGGAGGCACAGCAGGAGAUUAAAGCUCUCUCCGAACAACUUGAUUCAUUACGAAAACAUAUGAUCAUAGAUCCAAGCAGCUCUUCAUAAGCAUAAUUUAUUUAGCGCUCAUAUCAACUGUCUGUUCAUAGUACUAUGGUAAAUACAGAAUGUUAAAGAAGUGAGGAUUUUUUGGUAAAAAUUUUCCCACUAUUUAACUUUUUUUUUCUUGGUAAACAAAAAAAAACUAUUAGUUUUUAAGAUUGCAAAAUCGAGCAUUAAUACAAACACUAAAUACUAACUUUAUGAAGAAUCAAAUGUACCUCCAAGCAGAAGGUUGAAUUUGGGGGGGGAUAUUUGAUGAAAAAUCAUCUUUGGUGGUUUCAGAAACCAAAACUGACAACUUUGUAGGAUCACACAGAGGCAAAUUUUAACUGGCAUUAGUAUAAAAUGAGCAAUAUCACAAAAGUUACAAGCAAUGGAUAAUAGGCAGCCUAUCACUAUCAACGACUUAAACUAUCACCAAAGGUUAUUCCCUCCUAUUUUAUUUGGAGUUAUAUGCCAAAAAAAAACUUAAUGUGGAUCUUUUAAUUAUGCAGAAUAAAUAAUAAUUUCUUAAUAAUGCAAUCUAGUUAAUGCAAAAAAUUAAAUUAUUCCAGAAGUAAAAUUACUAUUGGUUCUGGAUGAGAGACAAUUGAGGUGAAACAUUCCCUGAUUACACAUCAACCUCCAUUAUGUCAGCUUUAAAUAAAAGAAUUGAAAUUAAGCAGCUUUAUCCACCACAAUCAAAUAGCCAUAGUGACCAACACAUUAUUUUUAUAUCACUAUUUUCAAAUUACAUUACAAUCGUAACUGCAUUUCAAAGUAUUUUGCGGUAUCAGGCAAGAAAAGGCACUCCUAGUAAAUUUCUUUUGUUUAGAAAGCUUUGUAAAAAUAAUACUGUACAUACAUCUUUAACUGUAUUAAGCCAUUGAAACAAGAAACUGCCAUGAAGCUUUUAUUUAACAUGACAAAGCCAAUCAUCAUUUUAAAGCCAUCAAAUUGCAUUUCUCCAAGACAACCUGCUUAAAAAGUUGAUUAAUCUCACUGGUGUAAUCAGUUCUUAAGUCAUCAGAGAUGAAUCAUAGUGACUCAAGGAUUACUCAGAAGCUUCACAGGUCUAGGUUUAAAAAUGUCAUGGAUAUUGCAAGGCAAGUUCACACAGCACAGGCAAUCACUUUUGCUGCUCACCUACCACAUAUUAAAUAGUCAUAUUCAGAACUGAGCUGAUGAUCAAGGUUGAAUGGCUAAGUUCAGUAACUGCAAUCUCAAGGAGGUAAAUAUGUUGAUUUUUUCAUUUGCAAUAGCUUAAAUACUUCACAAUUUCCUGUAUGUAUGAAUCUGAAUGCACAAAGCAUGUUAGCUAAUAUUUUAUCUGUCUAUAACUAAAUUAUACUGCAUUUUGUACAUCUCCCUGGACCAUACAUAGCUUUCUCUAGAUUACACAAACAAUGGAAGUUUUUUUUUUGAAUUGAGUCAAGUAUAUUGAUGCUUUAGUGUAAAAUAGCCCUUGAAUAUUUGCAAUGUAAAUGUCAAUGUAAUCUAAAACAGCCUGUAAUCCAGUCAAAACACAGAAUCAGUGUCAGAGAUUUUCCUUGCCUUUUACAGAGAGUCACAAAACUGAAACAACAUUAAAACUUGGUCUAAAUAGUUGACAUAAAAUAAAUGUCACUAUUUUUUUUUAUCUGCCUGCAUCAACUCAGGUGCGAAUACAGGGAAUGACAAGAAAUUUGAAUAUAGCUCAGUGUCUACAUUUUGAAUAUAAAAUGCACAGAAUCCACAAAAUCUAUUUCCAUUGGUUUAAUAAACCACCACUCUUCUAUAUGCAUUGCAAACCUUAUCAGAUAAUAUUACUCAUGGCUUUGUUCUGCACCAGUAAAUUAGAUCAUUAUUUGGACAACUACAAGGCUCUCAUAUACUCACAGAAUACAUUUAAGGUUGUCAAAUCAGCAGGCUGUAAAAAUUAAAGCUGUUAUCUGUAAUUUUACUUAGAUCUUUAUGUAUAAUGAAAAGCAGUAUAAACCAUUUAGAAGCAAAAUGAGCUUUAAAGCUUAGGUAAGUAACUUCUUUUAUAAAGUAAACAACAAAUCGUGCAUUUUAGUGAUUGUAUAUAUGUAUAAUUGUAUGAUAAAUUUGUUUUUGUAUACCUGACUUGUUUGUGAUGGGUAAGUCAUCUGUAGCAUGAUGUAAUAAUGAAAAUGGACUUAUUUGUUUAAAGUAUCAGAUA